AUGUCAAACGCUGUUCUGCAGGAAAACGUCCAAAAGAGGAACGAGAAUGACCAAGUGAUCCGAGCUGAGCUUGAAAAGAAAUACGGUCAACAUACAGAGUUGGUUGGAACGUUGCAGGAAAAGCAGAAUGCUCUUGCUCAGGCCGAAAGUGAGCUGGUGGUGUUGCGACGGAAGGUUGACUCGAUGGAAAAGGAAUUGAAGGAAAUGCCAUUCUUGAAAGAAGUAAGGUUUUGUGAGAGAUUUCUGUAA